AUGACAACACGACAAAGUUCCGACUGGACACCUUCUUCAUGGCGUCAAUUUCCUAUACAACAACAAGCUUCCUAUCCGGAUAAAAAAGCAUUGAAUCUUGCAUAUAACAAGUUAAAGACAUUACCGGGACUCGUAUCAGUGCAUGAGAUUGAAAACUUAAAAAAACUACUGGCAGAUGUUGCAGUAGGCAAGCGGUUCUUAUUGCAAGGUGGGGACUGUGCCGAGCGGUUCCAGGAUUGUCAACCAGAGUUGAUUGAAAAGAAACUUAAAAUUAUGAUUCAAAUGAGUCUUGUGCUAGUGUGGGGUGCGCGUAUGCCAACAGUUCGUGUAGCUCGGAUGGCUGGACAAUUUGCCAAGCCCCGGUCCAGUGACACAGAGGUACUGGAUGGAGAAAAAGUGACUAGCUUUAGGGGCGAGAAUAUCAAUGGGUAUGAGAAAGACCAGCGCACUCCAGACCCCAAAAGACUUUUGGAAGGAUAUUUCCAUAGCGCUGCAACGCUCAAUUAUGGUCGAGUGUUGGUAGGAUCGGGCUUUGCGGAUAUCCAUGAUGCUGGUAAAUGGGAUCUGGAUUUUGUGCAAACGUCGUCUCGACGUGAAGAGUACCAGCACAUGGUGGAAGAAAUUACGAAUAGUUUACACUUUGUGCAUAUGUGUGGUGUUGGAGCGGAAUCACCACAUUUACAAACCGUGGAUCUGUUUGUAUCGCACGAAGGCUUGGAGCUUGGUUACGAAGAAACCAUGACGCGCAAGGUGGAUGGCAAGUAUUACAACGUGGGUACAGACUUCUUGUGGAUUGGUGAUCGUACACGUCAACUGGACCAUGCUCACGUUGAGUAUUUCCGUGGCAUUGAAAAUCCUAUUGGUAUUAAGGUUGGUCCGAGUAUGGCUGUGGAUGAUCUGGUGCCCUUGAUCCGCAAGUUGUGGAAGGACCCCGAGGCCAGUGCGGGUAAGAUUACUCUCAUCACGCGUUACGGUAGUGACAAGGUGUCAGACCUGCUGCCCAAGCAUAUUGCAGUGGUGAAGGCUGCAGGGCUCAAGGUAAUUUGGUCGUGUGAUCCGUGCCACGGCAAUACGAUUGUGGCUGAGAAUGGCUAUAAGACUCGUCCAUUUGAUCGCAUUUUUGGUGAGUUGGAGAAGACGCUGGAUAUCCACCGCAUGGCUGGCACUACAUUGGGUGGAGUCCACUUUGAGCUGACGGGUGAGAACGUAACUGAGUGCAUUGGUGGUCCGCAGGGCAUUGAUGAGGGUGACUUGCCGCUACGCUAUACGAGCUAUUGCGACCCACGUUUAAACUACUCUCAGAGCAUGGAGGUGGCUUUUCUUUUAGCCAAGAAUUUGUCAGUGCACAAUGAACUGGCACCACUGAAUCUGAAGUCGAAAAUGCGGAAGCGAUCGAUAGAAACCAGUGACCCGUCCAAGCACCAUCGUGCUACACAGUCGAUUUAA